CACCCUGAAAGGCGCCGCCAAUCAAAACAAAACGAAUCUGCAUACAAAAGCCUCCACGUCAUCGACUUUUGACCGCAGCCCACUCUGAUUCCCUUUCCCAUUCUAAAACCCACCGAAGCUCACACCCAACACUCUCAAAACUUUUCUCUCUCACAUUUUCUCACCAACCAAACGCAAAACUCUAACCACAAUGAGCUCCGUCCUGCACAUUCGCCUCCACAACCCCCUCACUCCUCCUCUAAAUCUCCGCCGUCCGUUCAGGCGAUCUUCCUUCGCGGUCGCGUGUCUGAACGUGGAGGUCGAGGCUGAGAAUAGCAAUGCGUUGAGGUUGGAUUCUUCGAAGCUAGGGUUGGCGAAGGAGGUGAUGGAGGCGGAGGCGAAGGUUCUGGUGGGGACGUACGCGAGAGCUCCUGUUGUGCUCGCCAGUGGCAAGGGUUGUAAAUUGUACGAUGUGGAAGGGCGAGAGUACUUGGAUUUGAGUUCUGGAAUCGCUGUGAACUCGCUAGGGCAUGGAGAUGAGGAUUGGUUGAAGGCUGUGGUUGAGCAAGCCGGUACUCUCACUCAUGUCAGCAAUAUGUACUAUUCCAUCCCUCAGAUAGAGCUUGCAAACCGUCUAGUGGCUGCUUCUUUUGCUGAUCGUGUAUUUUUUUCGAAUUCUGGAACGGAAGCAAAUGAGGCUGCUAUUAAAUUUGCAAGAAAGUUUCAAAGACACUCAAAUCCUGAUGCAAAAGAGCCAGCAACCGAGUUUAUAUGUUUCUCUAAUUGCUUCCAUGGUAGGACCAUGGGUGCUCUUGCUUUGACAAGCAAAGAGCAUUACAGAUCACCUUUUGAACCGGUCAUGCCUGGAGUCACUUUUGUGGAGUACAGAAAUAUACAAGCUACAAAAGAAUUAAUUCAACGAGGGAAAACCGCAGCGGUUUUUGUAGAACCUAUCCAAGGUGAAGGGGGUAUAUACAGUGCAACAAAGGAAUUCUUACAAUUUUUGCGUAGUGCUUGUGAUGAUGCUGGGGCUCUCUUGGUCUUUGAUGAGGUUCAGUGUGGUUUAGGUCGAACUGGAUAUCUCUGGGCCCAUGAGGCCUAUGGUGUAUUCCCAGAUAUAAUGACACUUGCCAAGCCUCUUGCCGGAGGCCUACCCAUUGGAGCUGUAUUGGUGACUGAAAGAGUUGCUUCUGCAAUCAAUUAUGGUGAUCAUGGGAGCACAUUUGCUGGUUCACCUCUCGUCUGUAAUGCUGCCCUAGCUGUUCUAGAUAAAAUCUCAAAUCCUAGCUUCCUAGCCAGUGUCUCUAAGAAAGGCCUCUACUUCAAAGAAAUUUUGAAGCAGAAGCUUGGAGGAAGCUCACACGUGAGAGAAAUACGUGGAUUUGGGCUUAUUAUUGGAAUCGAUUUGGAUGUACCUGCCACACCCCUUGUUGAUGCAUGUCGAAAUUCUGGCCUUCUUGUAUUAACUGCUGGAAAAGGAAAUGUUGUUAGGAUAGUACCUCCAUUGAUCAUAACCGAGCAGGAGCUUGAUUGUGCAGCUGAAAUUCUGUCCCAAGCCUUGUCAGUACUUGAUAGUUGAUCUGCAUAAGUUUAGAGAAAAAGAAUUUGCAUGGUUUAGUUCCUGUGGAACUUCUGAAGUUCUACUCAUUGUAGUUGUAUUACUAUUAGCAUUAGGCACUUGCAUCAAAAAAGUGGUGGGUACUCGCCUAUAUUUAGUUAUGAUACUGAUGGUUAUAAUCAAUUUUCAUUUUAAAUUUCA